GGUGCCUUGGCUCUACGAUAAAAAUGAGGUGCAAACUUCCAAGGAACAACCUCAGAACAGCUUUCGGAACACAGAUUGAUUGAUGGAUCCCAAUACCGGUACCAUCCCAACAGACUGUACCGGUCUACCGGUGCUUUUAUAGCCCCUGGUUGAUUAAAAGACUGAGAGAAGGCAAGGAUGGAUCAGGCGAUGGAUCUGGAUCUGGAUCAGCAGCAACAUGACGACGCGCCAAUGGACAGCAUGGCCAUUACUUCCGAAGAGCGACAGUGGGCUUUGGCUAUCAAGCAAGCUGUGAGUGAAUCAGAAGAACUGUCGCCCAUCAAUGAUUUCGAUUUGGUCCAGUAUGCCAUGAUAACUCAAGGAAACACCGAAGAAGCAUUGGCUCGAAUGGAAGGAAUGCAAUCGUUUCGGGAGCACUAUGACAUCGACAACAGUGCCGAGCAAGGAGUCCGCUGUCUCCAGUUGGCUAUGGAUCUACUCCCUCGAUUCCUAUUGCACUUGGACAACUGUCCUGACACCAACGAAGCCAUUCUCGCCUGGGAUGCCAGUGUCUUUUACCCCGACUUGGUUCUAGCACCCUGUAGUCAAAGAGGAGCGGAUUUUUACUGGAAAAAUUAUGUCUCGGCUAGCUACUACAUGUACUAUUGCACUCAACCCAAUCUGGCAUCGAUACGGAAAGGUCUCACUCUUUUGUUGGACUGUGGACAAGUCGAAUGGGAAAAUGUUUCCAUCGAUUUCGAAAGACGCAUGCACGAUGAGCUGAGGGGAUAUUACCCACUCAAAUGGAACCAGCUAUUGGCAUACAAUACAGCAUUCAUUGCCAAUGUGGGGUGGGGUCUCUUCAAGCAGUUCAUGAAUCCACAUAUGAGAGAAAGCCUACAGCUGGGAUGUCAGGUGUCGGGGGCAGAUUCUUCCACACGCCUUUAUGAGCUCUUCUUGCAACCAUCACUGGAAGGAGCCCAAAUCAAUAUUCUACGGAGGGCAAGAGAUCUCCUCUUGAUGAGAGCUCAAAACGCCCAGUCCUUCACACUGUAACUAACUUACUUAUUGGGAACUUGCAUAGAUGACUUACUUACUCAGAUAUCCAUGGAACUGACUGCAGUACGAGGGAAGAGGGCGGAUUUAGUUUGGCUUUUCUCUUC